GAACGAAAAAAAAAAACUGUUUCUUGCACACCUCGUGAACCGGUUGAUAACUACCGCAGUGACCCAGAGCAACUCGCCCGUAAAGCACAAACCUGCGUGUCUUCUUCACAAAACCGUGCGCCAUGUGUGAGGCACUCGGAACGAUUGCGCGCGCACGGGAUAUACACAGCUUAUGCAGUUGAUACUGGAAGGUAUAUCACAUGUGCACGCUCUUCUACGAGACAAAAUAAUGCUACAAGUCAUAUUCACGUUUGUAUUAUUGCAGCUGCAAGUUCAUGCUCAGCUACAGCCUGGCUGCAUUUUAAGCAGAAAUUAUGACGAUGACAUCGCCACAUGUGAUAAUCAAAAUCUUCAAGAAAUACCAUCAGACCUACCCAGCAAUAUCACUAUUUUGAGCUUCAGCUUCAAUCAACUCACAAAGUUAGAAGACCAACUUCUAACUAACGACUGCGGCCUGAACCACAACACUUCUAUAUGGUGUAGUCGGUUUCCGAGCCUGAAUUACCUAGACUUCUCGUACAAUGACAUUGGGACAAUUUCACGUUAUUCUCUCUUUGGCAUGGUGAACCUGCUGGGAGUUUACCUCGCGAACAACAAACUUGAGAACCUCCCAAUGCAUGUCUUUUAUAGUAACCAGUUUUUAGCUUUCAUUGAUGUUUCAGGAAACAAUAUAAAUUUUAUACACCCAAAAGCUUUCGUUAACUUGAAGCAUUUGCAGGUGCUCCUCAUUUCCAACAAUCACAUAGUUGAUCUUCACCCAGAGACUUUUGAUGGCCUUGUGAACUUACUCACUCUGUGGCUGAACAAUAACGCAAUAUUAAGCCUUAGUCACGACCUCUUCAAGAAUCUUGGCAACUUGAAAGCCUUGAAAAUAGACCACAAUAGAUUGAAAUGCAUCCCACGGGAAAUUUUGGAGCAACUGCCACUCUUAGAAACUUUCAUAGCAUCACACAAUCAGAUAGCAUUUCUAAACGAAGCCAUAUUUUCAAACAAUGCAUAUCUACAAACUGUUGAUGUCAGUCAUAACUUGGUACAGGCACUAUCGAAAUACACUUUCUUGGACUUGAUAAAAAUGCAUAGAGUUGAUUUCUCUUUCAAUCGUAUCAAGUGGUUGUACCUAAGCUAUCUUCCAGUUUCAUUUAAAAGUAAUAAUAAAACUAAAAUACUCGUCACGGAUACAGAUCUAUGCCUGGACGAUAUAGGAGCCAAAAAUCCAUGCUUUUCUUCCUGGGGUAAUUUUUUACAGGGAAACGAAAUUUUUCAUUCACUUGAUUUUUCCUACAACAAUAUCAGAAAAAUAAAAUAUAGUGAUACUAAAUCAGCACAUACAUUAGAGCUUGCAAACAUUUCGCUUGCAGGAAACUAUGGGCUUGAGAUUAAAGUCAAAUUUUUAAAAAAAGAAAGGUUUGUAAUUCGUCUUAAUCUCGAUGGAACAAACUUGAAUUGGAAGAACCUGACACUCAUAAAUGAAAUUUGGGAUCUACCAUAUUUUAAAAUUCUUAGUGUUGUAGGCUGCGGUAUUUGUGAAUAUCAUACCCAACAGUUACUGACAUCUAUUUUUAACCCAAAUAUGCAAGUCAAUGUUAUAUGUCAGUUACCUAUGAAUGAAAACUUAUUAACACAUACAGGAAUGCCAAAGAACACAAGUGGAUCAUACAUUUUUGAGGACACUAGUGAUAUGGGCACUAUAACUUCCACGGUGAAUGGUAAAUGCUUGGAAGACAAAGCUUCCUAUAAUGCAAAUAGCUUGUGUAGUUUGGAAUGUGAAUGCUAUGUAAAUGCAAAUAUUACAAUUCAAUUAAUAAACUGGUUCAAAUAUCCAUGUGCCUACACACUAGACUGUUCGUAUUAUUCAUUUACAGUCUUACCACACAUAGAAUCAAAUUUUUCUUGCAUUUUGUUCUCGCAUAAUAAUCUCAAAAGAAUUGAAGCUGAAAACUUUCUGUUUUCUCAUGAAACAAGAUUGCUGGAUCUGUCUUUCAAUUGCUUAAAUUAUUUGCCAGAUAAAGUAUUUAAUUCUUUCACUAACUUGGAGUCUCUUCUUCUUGAUAACAAUAAUCUAACAAGUCUAAAAUCUGGUAUUUUCAAACAUUUGACCAAACUUAUUACUGUGACGUUACAUGGUAAUAGUAUAUCUUCUUACGAUGCAUGUAUAUUUGCUGAAUCGCCACGUCUUUUCUCAAUUUCACUAGACUUUGCUAAUCUCGACAGACUUCACGACGUUACAUUUCAAAACCUUUCACAACUUCAAAUUUUGAAAGUGCAUGAUAACACAAUAAAGGCUGGUCAUAAGAACAUAGUCACUAAGGAAUUUUUUAAAAACCUUUGUGCAGUAAAAACACUGAGUGUGGUUGGUUUUAAUUUAAGUGAAAUUUUAAAUGGCACAGAUUUAUGUUCAAAAUCUUUGCAAGCUUUGAAACUCAAAUGUAACUAUUUGCCUAUUCUUACUGACAUCUUUAUGGGUCUUGGUGACAUUGAAAGAGUAGAGUUGCCAGAUAACAACAUCCAAAAUCUGGGACAUAAUGCAUUUAGAAACUUGACAAAGGUCACAAUUAUUGAUCUUUCGUAUAACUCUAUUAUGGUUCUUCAUAGCUCUGUGUUUUCUGACAUGCAAAAACUAAUUCAUCUCAAUGUAUCACACAAUAAAAUAUCCUGUAUUUCUGCGAUAAUGUUUCAAAACUUAUCUAUGCUAAGCAUUCUUGACCUUAGUUACAAUAGCAUUGCAUGGAUAGAUUCUAAUACUUUUAGUAUACUUAGUUAUUUAAGUGAUUUAUUAUUAAAUAAUAAUAACAUUUCAAAUGGUGAAACACAUUCACUAAACAAAUACAAGAACACAUGUGUGUAUGUAGACAGAUUAGAAACCAUUCCGGAAUUAAAUUUAAAUCUCACUCAGAGGAAACAUAACAUUCAGUCAAUAAACCUCUCAAACAAUGCUUUUGAAAUAAUUGAUAAAACCAUGUUUGGUAAAAAUCAAUUCUUAAGGGAGAUCACAGCAUCGUAUAAUCGGAUUCACCAAAUUAACAAUGACACUUUUAAAUAUACUAGAGAACUUGAAAGUUUAAAAUUAGACAACAAUGAAUUAGUUGUAAUAACCAGAAGUAUAUUUAAAAAUCUAACUCACUUAACUUUUUUAACAUUGCAUAGAAACCAUUUAGAAUUUGUAGAACACAGUGCAUUUUUAGACCUAAAAGCAUUACAGUACCUUAUCCUAUCACAUAACAGACUCCAGACAUUUGAUUUAACUUCUUUGCCUGUUGGCGGGCCUUUAAAAUUGAUAUCACUGCACAAUAAUUCUAUUGUAAUAAGUAACUUAAGUUCUUUGAAACUUGAGUUUUUGGAAACUUUGUAUUUGUUUGAUAACCCACUGACAAAUGUUAUAGUCGACGAUUUAUUUUCUGUGCCAUCACUCGUUAAUUUGCAGUUACAAAACACUAGUAUACAAGAGUUCAGCACAGAAGCAUUCAAUAAUAAUCAGCUGCAAAUUCUCAACUUAAGCCAAAGCUGCGUUCACUCGCUUGCGGGCCGCCAUUUCCAUGGCUUGCCACGUCUUCUCUUACUAGACAUCAGUGCACCAAGAACUGAAGGUUGUGCUCUAGGAACGAACAAUGUUCUCAGCUGGAAGAACAUCACCCUGAUAAACAAUUGGUUUGAACAUCCAUAUCUUCAAUACCUCAUCCUUGCCGGCCAUGAAAUAUGCGAUGAACAACUUUGGAACCAAGUAAUAGACAACAUCUUCUUGUUUGAAACAUGGAAAAUAGUGUCUUGCGCAACUGUACUGCCGACAUCCAUUUUAAGUCCAGAUGGACGUGAAUUUAUUACUUUCGGAUUGUUUGAUUGGUAAAGAUAUAAUAAUUUUUUUGUACAAAAUAUUGCAUACUGAGUACAAAAGUUUUUUUAUCUGUUAAUUGAGAUAUUAAUUGUGACAGUACGUUUUAACAUUCCAUUCAGUUAGUACUUAUAAACAUUUUUACAUUUAUAAUACUACAGCAUAACUGCUGCCAUUUGCUGAUUAUUUUAAGAGUUCAUAAUUAAUUUGUAUUUUUCUGUUUUACAUAGGCCUUUAGUAUUUUAAUUUUGUUAAAAUAAUUAUUAAUUAAUAUUGGUUAAUUUUGGUUAGGUUUUACAUACAGUUUGAGGUAUUUUUUAAAUUAUUUUAUUGUUCUAUGGCUUUGUUCUGAUCCGUUAGCACACGUGUUACGUUUGGACAAACUGCAAACUUCCAGAAGGUUUAAAGAGGAAGGAAGAAAGCCCCGAAGUUAAUUUUUUUUUGUGUAUCUAAGAAAUACGUAGCUGGAAAACCCAUCACGUAGGCGCAUGACUGCGCAGCAAUAGCUCAUAAGCUGGGCGAUUUUCAACCAGCCAAUCAGGAGGAACCAUGAUGUGGUGUGGUGUGAAUUUCGAGACUUUCAGAGAACAAUUUUCCGCAACACCCUCCCGGACAUGCCCAUGUAUCUGGUCCUGUUUUGUGAUUGGCCAGGAUGACCACAGGGUUGCCUCCCUUUGUUUAUAACUUUUUAAAGGAAGGUAACCGCGUGGUGCAAGCUAGUUGUCGCUCGAUUAUCGCCGCGUGCGGUCACGUCGUCGGCAAAUCGUGAAACUAUCAUGAGAACUGUGUGAAGGGACAAUGUAACGCUUGUUGUUUGGGUCCAGAACUAAGAGUAACCUCUUUUUAUAUAUAAUAUAUAUAUUUUUUCCCCGGACUUUUUAAAUUCUAAAUUUGACCCCAGGUGUCGUCAUCCCCCUGCGAAAAUCCCGCAAGAUAAUAUACCUAGUUAAGUAAACUUAACUGAGGGACUCAAAUGUUUUUUUUUUUAUUGAGCAACAUCAAGCUAUGACAUUCAACUGGAACUGUCAUUGGUAUGUAUUGAGAAAUUGUUUUCACAGAAAGUAACCAGACAAGUUUAAGAACUACCUUUUAUAAAAAAUAAAUAAAUAAAAAAAAAAACUUUUUCAAUUAAUGUUUUCUGAUAAUGACUAUACUGUGAGUGAUUAAGUGUGUAAAUUUGUUUUAAGACUGUAAUAAACAAAGAAA